AACUUUAGAUGUCGCUGUGGGGAAAAACAAUAAGGAGACGCACUGUCAAGGAAACAGCAACACGAGGAUAUAAACGGGAUUUAUAAAUCAGUCAAUUGAAGUAUUUCUGUUUCCAGCAGUAAUCUGACUCGUAUUGUUGCAUCGUAUCGUUGAAUAGAAAUGUCUCAAGUCAAGCAGAAUUUUCACCCGAAUAAUGAGGCAAACAUCAACAAACUGAUCAACCUCAAAUUGACGGCCUCAUAUGUAUAUCUCUCCCUGGGAAUGUAUUUUGACAGGGACGAUGUGGCUCUGCCCAACUUCUCCAAGUUUUUUCUGGAGCGUUCACAGAAGGAGAGGGAUCAUGCGGAGCAGUUGCUAGAGUAUCAAAACACGAGAGGAGGACGAAUACUUCUACAUACUAUCUCGAAGCCCAGUCGGGAUGAUUGGAGUGGAGGUUUGGAUGCAAUUACUUUUUCCCUGGAUCAUCAGAAAUCUCUCAACCAAUCCCUGCUGGAGGUCCAUCUCGCGGCUGGAGAAAACUCGGACCCUCAUCUGUGUGAUUUCCUGGAGAGCAACUUCUUUACUGACAGUCAUGACUUUAUUAAAACUCUGGGGGACCACAUUGGCAGUCUGAGUCGUCUCGUCUCUUCUGACCCACACGGAAAAAUGGGAGAGUACCUGUUUGACAAGCACACUCUCUGAUCGGCUCAGAUCUCAUGAGUUUGGCCAUCUGCCAUCCUUCCAUGUCGUGUAUACUUUUCAUUUCAUUAUUUUUGCCUUCCAAGAGGCAUUUCUGUAAGAAUCACAGUGUUUUUAACAACAUUUGUUGUACUUUUUCCAUGGAUAAGUGGGACUGUACUGUGAAUUGUGCCAGUCCAAAGAUGGUACUUUGUUGUUCAAGCUUUAACUACCCCAUGUCUGUUUACAUAAUUGUAUUGGUGCUAUUGUAAAACCAUACCUUGUCAAAAACCAGCCUAUAUAGAGUCCUGAAUGUCCUUCAGAAGAGGUUUAAUACAGCGCACAACUGAAAAUGAGUGCUUGUGUACACGUUUUAGAACUCUGAACAAUGUCACUGUGAAUUGAUAUACCUCAACAUGCUCAUAAAAUAAAGCAUUCCUAAAAAA